AUGGAGUUGCAGGCAAGAAGAGAUUUAGUAAUAAUAUUAGCAUUAGAGAUACGAGAAUAUUUGGAAGAUGUGUCAUCAACUGACAGCGAUAUUGAUGAAGUAUUGGGUAAUAUCGAUAAGUUUAAUAAAAGAAGAAAAAUACCCAGAGUACAUAAUUACGUUGAAAUGAUAGUGCCAGCGUUGACAGGUCAAGACUUUAAGGCUCAUUUUAGGAUGCUUCCUGAAACAUUUGAAUAUAUUUUAUCUAUCAUUGAGCCUAAACUACAAAGAGAAGUAGGAGGAACACCUACAAUUUCUCCAAAAAAGCAACUUUUAUUAGCAUUAUGGAGACUUGCUACCCCGGAUUCUUUAAGGUCGAUUUCUGAUCGAUUUGAUGUCGGUAGAAGUACCGCAUUAUAUAUUACAAGACGUAUUAUAAGUGCGAUUAAUAAACUGGCGCCAAUUGUAAUAAAGUGGCCUAAAGAUGAACGAGUUCAACAAUUAUGGACAGGUUUUGAAACUGCCAGUGGAUUCCCAAAAGUUAUCGGUGCUAUUGAUGGCACUCAUAUUAAUAUUCCAGCUCCUAAACAUAACCCAGAAGCAUAUGUUAAUCGCAAAAGUCACCACUCAAUUCAGCUUCAGGCUAUAUGUGAUCAUACAUGUAAAUUUACUCAUUGUUUUGUUGGACAUGUAGGAUCUGUACAUGAUCAACGAAUAUUUCGUUUGUCUGAAGUGCAAUCCUACCUUGGAGAUGUGUCAAAAUUUCCAGACGAGUGCCAUUUAGUUGAGGAUCAAGCUUAUAAACUACACGAAAAUUUGUUAGUGCCAUAUAGAGAUAAUGGCCACCUGACGGAACGUCAAAGAAAUUAUAAUUUCCUUCACUCUUCUGCAAGAAUAAUUAUUGAAAGAGUGUUCGCGCUAUUAAAACAACGUUUCCGAAGUCUUCUUACAGUACUUCCGAUGACUAGAGUAGAUUUGAUUCCGAUGCAUAUUCUUGCAUGCUGUGUACUACACAACUUGUGUUUGAUGAGAGGUGAUGAUCUCGAUUUAGAAAUGAAUGAGGACAUACAGGAGAUAGACAAUAUGAUCAACGGAAAUGUACGGGAUGCUGCUCAAGCAGGUAUUGCAAAACGAGAUUUGAUAGCUGAAAGAUUACGAAUGAGAAAUGUAUAA